AUGACGCGAGGAAGUCUAUUGCGACACAUCUUCAGGCACGGUCCGAACUCCAAACUCAAGCGCGACGCAGUUCCAUCCAAGAUCAAUGAAAACGAUAGGUCGCCUCUCAUCGCAAAGUCACCCGCAAACGAGCCCAAGCCGCUAUCGCAAGAUCCGUCACCGCCACGAACCCCCGAGCCACAUACCGUACAAGUCCUUCCCGAGAUCGCCGAGGAGGGAUCUAGCUCUCCAGCCGCCGAUUCCCUUUCCGCAUCUUCAAGCACAGGAAGUACGGUAUCCGACCUUGCAUCCAUAGUCACUGUUCUCGCCGCGCACGCGCCUCUCAUCAAUCCCACGACGCUCACAUCGCGCGACCUCCUCUACGCCGCCAUCGAUGAAGCGAUCUCAGCGACAAAGGAUCAUCUCGAUACACUAGCAACUGCGUGGGCCUUGCUUGAGGCCCUCGUUGGCUUCAGUGCGACGGUCGAGGUGCUAAAGCAGGAGAUGGAGUUGAAGAUAACGGCGUCCGAGGCCAAGCUUGUGGAGUUGGAAAGCUUUGAGGGGGCGGUUGAGAGUAUGACGUUUUCGGAUGAGCAGGACAUGACCGGCGCGGAUGGGGGUGAUGGAAACGGUUCACCCGGUCGCUAG